AAAUUUUGGAAAGAGUUCCUGCCAGAGAUAAUCAUAGUUCCUCCUUCGAAAAACCACAUAUACCACGUUCAAAAUCUUCUUGCGGGGACCGGAACACCUUGCGCUCACUGGGGUCAUUGUCAGCCUGACAAUCGGCCCAGGGGAAUCUUCGAUCCUCCCGAUGCGGCUUUGAAUUUGCGUUCGCUCGUCUUCCAUCGAUAUGGCAUUCUAGAAAGGGAACAGCUAGUCACUAUCCGAGUUCCGCGGAAGGAUCCCCCUCGAGUGACCUUAGUGCAAAGGUCAAAGAGUCGUUGCAUCUACAAUUUGCAAGAAGUUGUUAGCAUGAUUGAAGUGCAAAUGGGCAGCUCUCCAAAAGUUGUUGAUAUGGCUCAGCUCUCUAUCGAAGAACAGGUCUUAUUAGCGUAUAAUACUGACAUUUUUAUACUUGUGCAUGGCGGUGCAUUGACACAUAUACUUUGGCUUCCCACACGUGCCCUAAUCAUAGAUAUAUAUCCUCAUGGAUUCUCAAUUGAUCACCACAGUGGCAUUGUCCACUGGAUUCGAAAGUCCAUGGAGCCAGCUUAUCAUAUCGGUCACUUACCAUUUGCAGUUGAAACGUCAGUUGGUCAAAGUACAACGCAGGGACCUUUGAUUUCUGGAUGCGUGUGUCAUACUGCUGGGUGUCAAUUUCGCG